AUGAGUCAUCUUCCAGGAGUAUUGUUCUUCUGGAAAGAUCCGGAAAGACCAAUUGAUAUGAUACUUCUCCAGUCAGAUCAGUCCAAGAGUUUUGGGUUUGAGACAAACCAGAAAAGUACGUUCAAGAAUACCUACAUGAAAAGGUUUCUUGAGAAUUCUUACAAUGGUGACUUUUGUCAAGCGCAUCUCAGCAAUGUUACCAGCCCUUUACUUCUCUCUCUCUUUCUCAAGCUGUCUGGCCAUAAAAUAUAUAAUCCUGCACUUUCGCCACAUCCUUUGAUACUGUCAUUCUUUCACUUGCCAACGUUUCUACAAUCUACUGAAAAGCCUUCAAAGCAAACAUUUGGCAACAAACCUCUAUCUCUUUCUGCUCUACCAUUGUGUUUGAAGCCACCAACAACAAUGAGAAAAUCCAAGUAUGAUUGUCUGUUCAAUUUCUAUAAAAUUGAGUAUGACAAUGAUUCUCUUUGCAGUGCCAAGACAACAAUUAGGAAUUGUUGGUUUGUGAAUGACCAGAUCCAGAAGAUUUCGUCCAUCAAUCUUCUUGGACAAGUUUACACAGGUGGAGAAGGCUUGGUCGUGAGAGGAUCGCAUAUACAAGCAAAAUUUAUUGAAAAAAGUGGAGACUCUGAGAAAAGAUAUGCUGGUUGUAUUAAGUACUUGUUCUCGCACGAUUUUACAUCAAACCUCAUGCACACCAACCUUUCCCCUUGUCACAACCCCCAACAUGUAUUUGUCUUCGUUGAGUGGUACAAAAUUUCUUGCCAUCAACCUAGAAUCAAGCAGGGCAUCGAGUUGUAUGAGCCAGAAUUUCUGAAGUAUGACUAUAACAACAUUCUGCCUGUCCACCGCAUCUUGUUGCCAAUUGCAAUUGGAAGUCAUGUGUCUGGUAGUAGUGCGGCAAAAGUCGUUGUUAUUCCUCUGCCAAGAAAGCUAUAUGCUUAA